UUGACUUGGCGAACAGAACACGCCAUGGGACAACCUCAAAGAUAUCUCUCCAGACGGGGUCUCUUACUUGGGUGAUGUGUCUGCUCUCCUGACUGUCUUCAUACCUGAAGGAUUUAUUUUCCUUUUGGAAAUAUUUUAAGUUGAAAUCUUGUUCCUUACUGGAAACUGUCUACUCUAAAGACUGCACACAUCAUGGGUGAUAUGGCAAACAACUCGGUUGCAUAUAGUGGCGUAAAAAAUGCUGUAAAAGAAGCUAAUCAUGGAGAUUUUGGAGUUACUCUUGCAGAGCUCCGUUCUCUUAUGGAACUUCGAGCUACAGAUGCACUGCAUAAAAUACAAGAAUGCUAUGGAGAUGUACAUGGCAUCUGUACAAAAUUGAAAACUUCACCAAAUGAAGGUUUAAGUGGAAAUCCAGCAGAUAUAGAAAGGAGAGAAGCAGUUUUUGGGAAGAACUUUAUACCUCCUAAAAAGCCAAAAACAUUUCUUCAGUUAGUAUGGGAAGCACUACAGGAUGUUACACUAAUUAUAUUAGAAAUUGCAGCCGUAGUAUCCUUGGGCCUUUCUUUUUACCAACCUCCAGGAGGAAAUGAAUCAUUAUGUGGAUCAGUAAAUAUUGGUGAAGAAGAGGAGGAAUCUGAAGCAGGUUGGAUUGAAGGAGCAGCAAUCCUCCUAUCUGUAGUUUGUGUGGUAUUAGUAACAGCUUUCAAUGACUGGAGUAAAGAGAAACAGUUUCGGGGAUUGCAGAGCCGUAUUGAACAAGAACAGAAAUUCACAGUCAUCAGAGGUGGCCAAGUCAUCCAAAUACCAGUAGCUGACAUAAUUGUUGGAGAUAUUGCACAAGUGAAAUAUGGUGAUCUUUUACCAGCUGAUGGUGUACUCAUUCAAGGAAAUGACCUCAAAAUUGAUGAAAGCUCACUGACUGGAGAAUCUGAUCAUGUAAAGAAAUCUCUGGACAGAGAUCCUAUGCUGCUGUCAGGUACACAUGUGAUGGAAGGCUCUGGAAGAAUGGUAGUUACUGCUGUAGGUGUGAACUCUCAGACUGGAAUCAUCUUUACCUUACUUGGGGCUGGAGGAGAUGAAGAGGAGAAGGAGAAGGAAAAAGAGAAGAAGGACAAGAAAAGUAAAAAGCAAGAUGGAGCUGUUGAAAACCGUAACAAAGCUAAAGCUCAGGAUGGUGCAGCCAUGGAAAUGCAACCACUGAAGAGUGAGGAUGGUGGGGACGGAGAUGAGAAAGACAAGAAGAGAGCAAAUUUGCCAAAGAAAGAAAAGUCGGUUCUUCAAGGCAAACUUACAAAGCUUGCAGUUCAGAUUGGCAAAGCAGGUUUGUUGAUGUCUGCAAUCACAGUCAUUAUCCUUGUGUUAUAUUUUGUAAUUGAUACCUUCUGGGUUCAGAAGAGACCUUGGCUUGCUGAAUGUACACCAAUUUAUAUUCAGUAUUUUGUGAAGUUCUUCAUUAUUGGAGUUACAGUCUUGGUGGUGGCAGUACCGGAAGGUCUUCCACUUGCAGUCACUAUAUCUCUGGCUUACUCUGUUAAGAAAAUGAUGAAAGAUAAUAACUUGGUGAGACAUCUGGAUGCAUGUGAAACAAUGGGCAAUGCAACAGCUAUUUGCUCAGAUAAAACGGGAACAUUGACGAUGAACAGAAUGACAGUGGUCCAAGCCUACAUCAAUGAAAAACAUUAUAAAAAAAUUCCAGAACCAGAAGCUAUUCCAGAGAAAACUAUGGCUUACCUUGUGACAGGAAUUUCUGUUAAUUGUGCUUAUACUUCCAAAAUACUGCCUCCUGAAAAAGAAGGUGGCCUACCACGUCAUGUUGGAAAUAAAACUGAAUGUGCCUUGCUGGGAUUGCUCUUGGAUUUAAAACGUGAUUAUCAGGACGUAAGAAAUGAGAUACCAGAAGAGGAUUUGUACAAAGUGUACACCUUCAACUCUGUUAGAAAAUCUAUGAGUACUGUGUUAAAAAACUCUGAUGGCAGUUUCCGGAUAUUCAGUAAAGGUGCCUCUGAGAUAGUUCUUAAAAAGUGCUUCAAAAUACUGAGUGCUAAUGGAGAACCAAAGGUAUUUAGACCUAGGGACCGUGAUGAUAUCGUGAAAACUGUAAUUGAGCCAAUGGCUUCUGAAGGGCUCAGAACCAUCUGCCUGGCAUUCAGAGACUUCCCAGCAGGGGAACCUGAGCCGGAAUGGGACAAUGAAAAUGAUAUUGUUACUGGUCUGACGUGCAUUGCUGUUGUUGGGAUUGAAGAUCCUGUGAGACCUGAGGUACCUGAUGCAAUAAAAAAGUGUCAGCGUGCAGGCAUAACUGUACGUAUGGUCACUGGCGAUAACAUUAACACUGCUCGUGCUAUUGCAUUAAAAUGUGGUAUUCUGAAUCCUGGUGAAGACUUCCUGUGUUUAGAGGGCAAAGACUUUAACAGGAGAAUACGCAAUGAAAAAGGAGAGAUAGAGCAAGAGCGAAUAGAUAAAAUUUGGCCAAAGCUUCGUGUUCUUGCAAGAUCUUCUCCCACUGACAAACACACUCUAGUAAAAGGUAUAAUUGACAGCACUGUCUUUGAACAGAGGCAAGUUGUAGCAGUAACUGGUGAUGGUACCAAUGAUGGUCCAGCUCUGAAGAAGGCAGAUGUUGGAUUUGCUAUGGGUAUUGCUGGAACAGACGUAGCUAAAGAAGCUUCUGAUAUUAUCCUUACAGACGACAACUUCACAAGUAUUGUUAAAGCAGUUAUGUGGGGACGAAAUGUGUAUGACAGCAUCUCCAAAUUUCUUCAGUUCCAGCUUACUGUCAAUGUAGUAGCAGUAAUUGUUGCUUUUACAGGAGCAUGCAUAACACAAGAUUCUCCGCUUAAAGCUGUGCAGAUGCUGUGGGUAAAUCUCAUAAUGGACACAUUAGCUUCUCUUGCCCUGGCAACAGAACCACCCACUGAAGCUCUUCUGCUGCGAAAGCCUUAUGGUAGAAACAAACCUUUGAUUUCUCGUACAAUGAUGAAGAACAUUUUGGGUCAUGCAUUCUACCAACUCGUAGUGGUCUUCACACUCCUGUUUGCUGGUGAGAGAAUUUUUGAUAUCGAUAGUGGACGAAAUGCACCACUGCAUGCUCCUCCUUCAGAGCAUUAUACUAUUGUAUUUAAUACGUUCGUGAUGAUGCAGCUGUUUAAUGAAAUUAAUGCCCGAAAAAUUCAUGGUGAAAGAAACGUUUUUGAAGGAAUCUUUAACAACGCUAUCUUCUGUUCUAUUGUUCUGGGGACAUUUGUUGUGCAGAUAAUUAUUGUGCAGUUUGGUGGGAAGCCUUUCAGUUGCUCAGAACUCUCGAUUGAACAGUGGCUGUGGUCCAUUUUUCUGGGCAUGGGAACACUACUCUGGGGCCAGCUGAUUUCAACAAUUCCAACCAGCCGUCUGAAAUUCCUUAAAGAAGCUGGUCAUGGAACACAAAAGGAAGAGAUUCCUGAAGAAGAACUAGCAGAAGAUGUAGAGGAGAUCGAUCAUGCUGAGAGAGAAUUACGUCGUGGUCAGAUCUUGUGGUUUAGGGGCCUAAACAGGAUACAAACUCAGAUGGGAUGGUCCUUUCUCUUGUUCUCUCUCUCUCUUGCUGAGCAAGCUGUCACAAUCUCUGAUUCCUUGCAGAUGGAUGUAGUGAAUGCUUUCCAGAGUGGAAGUACCAUUCAGGGGGCUCUAAGGCGGCAACCCUCCAUCGCCAGCCAGCACCAUGAUAUCCGAGUGGUGAAUGCAUUUCGUAGCUCCUUGUACGAGGGGCUAGAGAAACCUGAGACACGAAGUUCAAUUCACAAUUUUAUGACGCAUCCUGAGUUUAGAAUAGAAGACUCCGAGCCUCAUAUUCCCCUUAUUGAUGAUACUGAUGCUGAAGACGAUGCUCCAACAAAACGCAACUCUACUCCCCCACCCUCUCCCAAUAAAAAUAACAAUGCGGUUGACAGUGGAAUUCACCUUACAACAGACAUGAACAAGUCUGCUACCUCUUCAUCCCCAGGGAGCCCGCUACAUAGUUUGGAAACAUCGCUCUGAUUGUAAGCUGAAUGUUAACACACUAGCUGCAUUGUAAAGAAAUUGAAACUGGGUCUCUUCACACAUUACGAUGGACAAGAUGAUACUCUUGUCUUGGACUUCAACAGAAGACACACUUGUACGAAUGUAGAUUUAUUUUUUUAAAAAAAGCUUUCUGCCAGACUGGAGGGUGCUUUUCUGGGGAUGGGAGUAAUAAUGAACUCUGACAGAUAAACAGUAACUCAGCAUAAGUGACCUGUGGAUCAUCUGUUGUACUUAAGAAUGGUCCUGAACAGUGUGUUAGCAGAGCUUUAGUUUAUCAUGAUCCUUUUCUGAGGGGAAGGCUGGGAAGGGCAAGGAGGCCCUGGAUCAUUGAAUUGAUACUUUAAUUUCUGCUGUUGGCUGUUAAUAAUUUGGAUUAUUUAUGUUUAUAAAUGAUACAGAUCUGUUUACAAGGUUUGUAGAUACUUUUUUUGUUCCUGUUCAUAGAUGGGAAGCUUCCUUAUAAAUGAUGCAGAGAAAAAAAAACAAAAAACAAAAAAACUAGUCCUUCAAAUACUGCUGUAUUUUCAGGAAAAAGGGUGUUUCUAUUGAAACUGUACUAAAUUUUGCCUGCAAUUUACCUUGUUAAAUAUUGUAGAUAAAUUGCUAAUACUAAUAGCCAAAUAGAUAACACUAAUGCUUUGUAAAAACAUGAGCAGUGGUGUUCUAAUGAAGUUAUGGCCUCUGUCCUAAUUAGUUUCUUAAAUACAUUUACUACUUAAUGGUUUUGAAACAACUGUUUAAUUUUUAAAAAUUUUGAGAAACUUACUGAAUAACUUUUGUUCAGAACUUAGUAGGAUUGUUUAAUGCAGGACAUCAAUAUGUGAUGGAACUUGCUUGAAAUAUUUCUGUUAUCUCGGGCAAAAUGGAUUAAAUCAAAAUACAUCAGAAUCUUAGUCCUUUGUUUUUGUCUAAACAUGUUAGUUUAGUGCUGUCUUGGUGAACUGUGAGUGGAACUGUGAUUUUUUUUUCUAAUCUAUAGAACCCUUCAUGCAGCAUGAGGGCUGUUGGCAUUUUGAAAGGUUGUUAGUGGGUAGCAUACAUGUUCUCCUUUUUGUUUUUGAAACUUGUUUGUAAACAUGAAUAAAUCUGCCCUUUUGUUAAAAUAAAAUUGCAGCAAUGGUUUCUUACA